CUCUGCUGUAACUGCCACUUUGGUCAGUUACUGAGCAAAGUGCAGAAAGGACAGAGCCUGAGAUAUGGGAGUACAGGCAUUUUUCAACCUUGGAGCGAGGCCAGAGUUAUAGUGGGACUGCUGGACUGGGGGACAUCAGCACAAUGGUGACUCCAGUAAGCAUCGUGGCAAAAGACUUGACUAUCACUCUCUCGGAGCUAAGAAACUUGAUGGAGUUACGAAAAACAGAUGCAGUCAAGAAAAUACAGGCAAACUACGGUGACAUCAAUCAACUCUGUAAACGGUUGAAAACUUCUCCCACGGAUGGGAUAUAUGGUAUCCCAUCAGAACUGGAUACAAGGAGAACUGUAUUUGGAAAAAACUACAUACCUCCUAAGAAACCCCAGACAUUCUUGGAGCUGGUAUGGGACGCACUGCAGGAUCCCACAUUAUGCUUUUUAAUAAUAGCGGCCCUCAUAUCACUGGGGCUUUCAUUUUAUAACCCACCAGGAGGAAGUGCCGCAGCAUGCCAUGCCACGGACAUGGAGGAAGAAGACGAAGAGGAGGAGAUGGAUUGGAUAGAGGGCUGUGCAAUACUCCUGUCAGUUCUUUGUGUCGUGCUGGUAACAGCUUUCAAUGACUGGAGUAAAGAGAAACAAUUUCAAGGGCUGCAGCGUCGCAUUGAGAGCGAACAGAAGUUCACUGUAAUUCGGAAAGGGGAAGUAAUCCAGGUGCCAAUAACUGACUUGGUGGUUGGGGACGUUGCACAGAUCAAAUAUGGUGACCUUAUUCCAGCUGAUGGUUUGCUUCUCCAAGGACAUGAUCUGAAAGUUGAUGAGAGUUCCCUCACAGGCGAAUCAGAUCAUGUCAAGAAGUCUUUGACAGCAGACCCCAUGUUGCUUUCAGGUACCCAUGUCAUGGAAGGCUCUGGGAAAAUGGUGAUUACAGCUGUCGGUAUAAAUUCACAGGCAGGAAUUAUCCUCAGUUUACUUGGAGUUGGGGAGACAAGUGAAAAAACAAAAGACAAAGACAACAAGGCUAAAAAGACAAAGGACUCUUCCGAGGCACCAAAAAAUCUAGACACUGUAGAUACAGAAAGGGGGGAUGAAGAUGUAGAGAUCAAAACAAAUGAAGAAGAAAAACCCAAAAAAGCCCCUUCACACAAAAAGGAAAAAUCAGUUCUGCAAGCAAAACUGACCAGAUUAGCAGUUCAGAUUGGCAAAGGAGGACUGGCCAUGUCUAUACUCACUGUUAUUGUCCUUCUAGCCCGUUUUUUCAUUAUAAAUUUUGUGAUGAUGAAGCUUGUUUGGACUAAGGAAUGCACACCACUGUACCUACGAAGGAUCUUGAAGGACCUGAUCAUUGGUGUUACCAUUUUGGUCGUAGCAGUGCCAGAGGGCCUUCCACUUGCAGUCACCAUCUCACUUGCAUACUCAGUGAAGCAAAUGAUGAAAGAUAACAACCUAGUGAGACAUUUGGAUGCCUGUGAAACUAUGGGCAAUGCAACAACAAUUUGCUCAGAUAAAACAGGAACCUUAACCAUGAACAGAAUGACAGUAGUCCAAGCCUUCAUUAGUAACACGCAUCAUAGAGUUAUUCCUGAACUUCACUUAGUUCAUCCCACUACUUUGGAUUGUCUGCGAAAAGGUAUUGCUACUAACUGUGCAUAUACUUCCCAAAUAGCGAGUCCUGAAAGAAGAGGGGGCCUGCCCCGCCAACUGGGCAAUAAAACGGAAUGUGCUUUGCUGAGCUUUCUUCUAGAAUUAAAACAGGAUUACGAAGCUAUAAGGAAGAUGAUACCAGAAGAGCAGCUGUAUAAAGUAUACACCUUCAAUUCUGAAAGGAAAUCUAUGAGCACAGUUUUGAAAAAUGAUGAUGGUAGUUAUCAAAUGUUCACCAAAGGUGCAUCUGAAAUAGUCCUUCAGAAGUGCUGUUUCAUACUGAAUGAGGAUGGGGAAUCUGUAGCUUUUGAAGAAGAAGACUAUGCCCUCAUGAUCAAGAAUGUGAUUGACCCCAUGGCCUCCGAGGGACUCCGGACCAUUUGUCUAGCUUUCAGAGAUUUCCCAGCCGACGAUGAGGAACCAGAUUGGGACGAUGAGGAUGACAUCAUCAAAGACCUGACAUGUAUCUCAAUUGUUGGUAUUGAAGAUCCAGUGAGACCCGAAGUUCCCGAAGCAAUAAGAAAAUGUCAGAAUGCCGGCAUUGUUGUGCGUAUGGUCACUGGGGAUAACUUUAAUACAGCUCGUGCGAUAGCUGUAAAAUGUGGCAUCCUUCAACCCGGGGAUAACUUUUUGUGCCUGGAGGGGAAAGAGUUUAAUAGACGAAUACGCAAUUCAGAAGGGGAGAUAGAACAAGAGCUUUUUGACAAGGUUUGGCCUACACUUCGUGUGCUUGCAAGGUCCUCGCCUUCUGACAAGUACAACUUAGUAGACGGGAUCAUUAACAGCAACGUCACCAAACAAAGGCAAGUGGUAGCAGUAACUGGUGAUGGUACGAAUGAUGCGCCUGCAUUAAAAAGAGCAGAUGUUGGCUUUGCAAUGGGUAUCGCUGGAACAGAUGUCGCUAAGGAAGCUUCGGAUAUCAUUCUAACGGAUGACAACUUCUCAAGCAUUGUAAAAGCGGUGAUGUGGGGCAGGAAUGUAUAUGACAGCAUUUCCAAAUUCCUUCAGUUUCAGCUCACUGUCAAUAUUGUAGCAGUGAUUGUUGCCUUUACGGGAGCAUGCAUCACACAGAAUUCCCCUCUGAAAGCUGUUCAGAUGCUGUGGGUCAAUCUCAUCAUGGAUACAUUUGCUUCUCUUGCACUAGCAACAGAAAAACCAACAGAAGCUCUGUUGAAACGGAAACCUUACGGUAGAAAUAAACCUCUUAUCUCUCAGAUAAUGAUGAAAAAUAUUUUAUUCCAAUCCAUUUAUCAACUUGCCGUUGUCUUCACGCUUCUUUUUGCAGGUGAAACAUUAUUUGAUAUAGAAAAUGGACGGACUGCAGCGCCAGAGGGCCCACCGACUCAGCAUUACACAAUUGUAUUUAAUGCUUUUGUAAUGAUGCAGAUUUUUAAUGAAAUCAAUGCACGGAAGGUUCAUGGGGAAAGGAAUGUUUUCGAAGGAAUAUUCACAAAUAGCAUCUUUUGUUGUAUCUUUGUGGGAACAUUGAUUGUACAGAUCCUCAUUGUUCAAGUUGGAGGGAAACCAUUCAGUUGUGCAUCUCUAACACUGGAGCAAUGGCUGUGGUCAAUCUUCCUUGGCAUAGGGUCACUAUUAUGGGGACAGCUGAUUGUGAGUAUUCCAAACAAGUGUUUAUGCUUUCUGAAGGAAGUUGGUGAAGAAAUUGUUGAAGCAGAAGAUGAAAUUUUUGAAGAAGAAGUAGCUGAAGAAGAAAAAGAGAUUGACUAUGGUGAGAGGGAAUUCCUUCAAAGUCGCCUUCUGUGGGUUAGGGGCCUAACCAGAAUACAGACGCAGUGUAGAGUUGUGAAUGCAUUUCGUGCAUCCUUAUAUGAUGACUUAGAAGCAGCAACCAUGGGUCCCGAUGAAAUGGUUUAGAAGCAGUAGACUUUUUUAGCCUAUUUGGGCAAAAGCAUUUAAAAUGAAAAUAGCUAGCCAGUUAAUAUUCUCUUAAUGUCUGGGUCUGAGCAUUCUGCAAACCAUGCUUUUUAGCUCCCAGGCUGCAAUUCUUAGGGGAAUGGGAAUAGAUUUGGAAACAAAUAGGUUACGUUUUGUUGUUAACAAGCAAAGAUUAUUCAAUAAUAAAAAUGCUAAAAACUU